UACACUGUGGCAAGUAGAGAAGAAGUAACAAGUGGAGCGAUCAAAAUUAAUACCGAGAACUUUAUUGUAACAGUAUUCAGUCCAUUUACGUUAUAGCAUCAACGUUUCUUUUUGCAUUUUACCAGGCAGCCGGUUUCUCGAUUGCGAGGAGGACGGGUCAGAAGUUCGCUUUGUAUCCCAGCUCAUACUGGCUCUUUCUCGACAUCUUAUAUAUAUAUAUAUAUAUAUAUAUAAGAACACCAGCAUCUCUGCGAUUAGACCGUGCGCUUCGUCUCCGGCGUAUAAAACAAGGCGAUCUAACAGUCGCAAGCAGACAGAAGGGCAGUCGUCGAUGGACCUUUUUUGAGCUAUCGCCCCACUCCUUCCCUGCUCGAUUCGCGGAAGAGAGAUGGAGAUGAGUGACGCCUGGCCGAAGGACGUGCUCAGCAGUCCCGGAGGGAGCACGCGAAAGGCAUGCGACCCCCCACAGGUGACUCUGCGCAGUCGGCUGCAGCACCAGCGGGCUCGCAUCCACCAGCAGAUCAACAAGGAGAUGCUCAUGCGUACUGGGGCAGAGAAUCUCUUCAGGGCCACCACCAACCACAAAGUGAGAGAGACUGUGGCUCUUGAGCUGAGCAUCGUCAACUCCAACCUGCAGCUGCUCAAAGAGGAGCUGGAAGAGCUCAACAGCAAUGUGGGAGUCUAUCAGACUGAGAGCAGUGAGGCGGUCAACGUUCCCAUGAUCCCUCUGGGCCUGAAGGAGACAAAAGAACUGGACUUCUCACUUCCUUUGAAGGAUUUCAUCUGCCGGCACUAUGGUGAGGAAGCAUCGCAGUACGAGGCAGAAAUUAAGGAGCUUAAUGAGCUUCGGCAGGCCAUGCGUACCCCCAGCCGGAAUGAGGCAGGUCUGGAGCUGUUGAUAGAGUACUACAACCAGCUCUACUUCCUGGAACAGCGCUUCUUUCACCCUGGAAAUAUGCUGGCUGUUCAGUUCCACUGGUACGACUCCUUGACGGGUGUGCCAUCCAGCCAGCGGGCCCUGGCCUUCGAGAAGGGCAGCGUGCUGUUCAAUGUGGGGGCGCUCUACACCCAGAUCGGCACCAGGCAGAACCGCAGCAGUGCCCAGGGCAUCGCCAACGCCAUCGAUGCCUUUCAGUGUGCUGCCGGUGCAUUCAGUUACCUGAAGGAAAACUUCUCCAACGCUCCCAGUCUGGACAUGAGCGGCGCCUCGCUGGGAAUGCUGGUGCGGCUGAUGUUGGCGCAGGUGCAGGAGUGUGUGUUUGAGCGGGUGCUGCUACUCGUGCUGGAGGACGGCGAUUUCCCCUCCCACCUGCAGGUGGCGCAAGAGGCCGCGCGGCAGGUGUCUGACAUGUACUGGCUGGCUGUCCAGACCAUGCAGCAGGCCCCGGUGAAGGACUAUGUUCCUUUCUCCUGGGCGACACUGGCACAGGUCAAGAAUGAGCACUUCCGCGCACUUUCUCACUACUACGCCGGCCUGGCCCUGUGCAGCUAUGCCCAGUCCACAGAAUGGGGUGACGGCCUGGGGGAGCGGAUGCUGCAGCAGCUUCACAGCAGCAAGCCAUCAGGGCCCCCCCUGGGCAUGGUGCUGAGGGACCCUGAGGAGAGGCGCAGGCUGGGUAAAGCACAUCUGCGGCGGGCAGUGAUCCGCCAUGAGGAGGCCAUGCGCAUCCACGGCCUCUGCAGGGUCUUGCGCAAGAUGGACAUCCUGCAGGAGGUGCUGGCAUCUGUGCACAAGCGCUCGCUCAGUGCCUAUUCGCAGAUCGACCGUGAGGACGACUUCUGCCAGACGGCCGAGGCCCCCGACAUCCACCCCAAGACUCAACAUAAGCCAGAUGUGAAGACCCCUGACUUCUCAAAAGUGCGGGUGACAGAUCUUUUUCAGCGACUGGGACCGCUGUCCGUGUUUUCAGCCCGGAACCAGUGGUGCCCACAGAGGCGCAUUAGGCUGGUGCGAUCCGACAGCGGUCUGGGCCUAACGCUGCGGGGAGACUCUCCUGUGCUUGUGGCUGGGGUGGUACCAGGGGGCAGUGCCUCGGAGGCGGGGCUCUGCGAGGGUGAUUACAUCGUGGCGGUGAACGGGGCGGACUGUAAGUGGGCGAAGCACGUGGAGGUGGUGCAGGCGCUAAAGGCAUGCAGCGACGGGGGAGUGGAGCUCGGCAUUGUCACCAUGCUGUCACCCAAGACGCUAAAACAGGUGCAGAGGUCUGUCUUUCUCUCUCCAUGCGGCAUCGAUGAGAGCGCUGUUCACCUGCGGAAUCCCACACCCAGCAAGGGGGGCAGCCCCACCUCCCUUCUCACCUGGACCCGGAAGAAGGGUGGGGCAGGGGGCGGGGUCUCCAAGAGGCUAAGCUCCGCCUUCAGUCUGUCCUUUGGAGCCCCGCGGGACGCGGAGGCUUUGUGAUCACUGGGACAGGCGAAUGGGAGAGCAUGUCGGGGAAGAGCAUUAAACGGUGCUCAGGAAGUGAUCAAGGACUGGCGGGAGUCAGACAGAAGCUGACAGUGGACCCUCCAGGAGGAGGGAGAGUCACAGCGCUGUGAGAUUUGAACCCGAGCCUUCAACUGGGAGCUAAGCAGACCUCACAGACCCGAGUGCUGAUGAAAUGGAAAUCCCAGAAGGAAUUUGAAAAACAGGUGACUGUGAGACAGUGGUUUUGGGCAAGGCCACUUAAGGACUCCCAGAAGUGGCCCAUGGGCAGGGAUUAUGCUGCAGGAGGAAGGAGGGCAGGGGUAGCAGUCAGCCCUGGACAGGAAGACCAUUAUCAAUGCUGCUGAACAGGGGAAUCUGAACACACGUCUCUCCAAGGUGUGAACUGGGUUUACUUGGAUAAAACUGUCUGCUUUGACUGAAACUGUGAAUGAAACUUGGAAUCUUGGAAACUUGUUCUGUUAAAUGAUGAAUGAGUACAUUUAAUUAAUAUAUGUAACAAGGCAGCUCUAAGGGAAUGGGGUCAGAACAACCCCCCCUGAGUUUACUAUAGAAAUAGACCUGAAUUCAAAAGCUGAAAUGUGACUUACGAUCUAGGCUGAGCUGUCGAACAUGCACUGCAAUCUUUUAUGUGAUGGUUAGGGGAUUUUGUUGAUUUCUGAUGCAAAUUGGCCCCUGGUCCCAAAUCUGGUGGAGCUGUUUGUGGACCUUAUGAUCUUUCAAUGAGAAAACAAACUUGCAGCCAUCUGUAAGCAUUCCUGUGGAGAACUUGUGUCACAUGACAAACCGUGGCUUGGUUUGGGUGUAUUGGCAUGUUUUUGAGGAUGUUCAAACCGCAUUCUCUGUACAUAAAUGUGAAUAAGUUGGACUGAC